GAAUUCUUUUAUAAAGACAAAACUCGCAGAGCAACUCGCUACUCAGACAGUACGUAACCUCACGUCAACAACAACAAUACGAUGUCCGAGUAUGGGAAAGUCAAAGUGGGCAAACUUAAACUAAAAGGAGAGAAAAAAUCCCACAAAAAGCAUAAGUCAAAAAAGAGGAAAGCAGAAGACGAGGAUGGGAGCAACAGCUGUAGCAAAGACACCGACACCGCUGACCACGGAGGCUGGUGGCACUGUCGGGCCCUGCACCAGAUGACUGGAUCCGUGGCGAUACAGCUCGGAGGAUUACCGGUGUAUGUGCGAGCCUUGGACAAUGGCUUGUUUACAGCUGGUGCUCCUCAUGACCAAGGUGAUGGGCCAUCCCCUGAAGAGGUGUUGACAGCAGUGCCAGCAGGAGAUGAACGCAUUGCCUUCAAGUCUGGCUACAACAAGUAUCUUGGAGUGGACGGGGCAGGACGAGUGGUGGGCCGAGCUGAUGCCAUUGGUCCACGGGAGAUGUGGCAACCUGUGUUUCAGGAUGAGCAGACAGCCCUGCUAGGUGCCAAUGACUGCUUCCUAGGCAGGGAUGAAGAGGACAAUGUUGUUGCCAUAACCCAGAGGGCCGGACCAGACCAUAUGGUGGUGGUGCGAUCUAACACAAUCAGGGAGUGUGACCGGCCUAAGGAGGUGCCAGAGGAGGAGCGUGGUAAACUGAAGGAUGUGGAGAAGAACUAUGUGAAGAAGUUCCAGAAGUUUCAGGACAAGCGACUCCGCAUCAAUGAGGAUGGAGUAGCAGAACUGAAGUCUGCACGCAAUGAAGGCAGCCUGCACGAGGCUCUACUGGACCGUCGCUCCAAGAUGAAAGCUGACAGAUACUGCAAGUGAUUGCUCUCCUUACCUCCCUUCUCAUGUUUUCUUCUGUCUCCUUCAUCUUCUGCCAUGAGUGUCAAUGGUUGAGAUGAAAAGUAGGACAGUAUAUGAGUUGUGUCCAAACAAAAGUCAGGCAAUGAGAAACUGAUGUAUUGCUCUACUGGCAAUUUAGUUACUCUUAUCUCCAUCAGAGAAUUUCCUUCCACUGCUGAAACACUGGUCUUAAUAUCAGCAUAGUGGUACAUCAACUGAAGAGGAGACUUCAAUAGUGAAAUCUUUGCAUUUGUGGAAGUUUAGUACAACAGCUGAAUACUUCCUACUUGUUCCACAUGUAUUUUUGUAAGUAAACGUUCCAGUACUUUGAAAAUGUAAUCCCCAACAUAGUAUGUCAGAGAUAUGUUUUUUUUUUCCAUGUUCAAGACAAUGGUAACAAUUUUAUAUUAAAUAAUAGUAAAGUUAUGAUGCAGUAAUUAAUGCUCAACCUUUUGAACAAAGACAAAGGUUAUAAGAAUCUAGUCAACAAUCUGAUUGAUAGAUAAACAGCCACCGUCUGCCUUUAGAAAGAACUUUUGUUGCAAAGAGAGAGAGAGGGGGGCUAGUGUCAGCACCACGUGUGCUCUAAAUUUGUCUCUGCUACCGGAUUCUGAAAGAGCCAGUGAUGCGUCCUGUAAGUGUGUACUCAUCAGAAAGAAAGAAAUGGAGUAGGACGAAAAGUCAUAAAUUGGUCGGUCACUUAUCAUAAUAACUUUUUUAAGUAACUUUUUUUUUUAUCAAAUUACGGUAUAGGCUCAUAGGAUUGCAGCUUGACAACAAAGACCAAAUUGCGGUAGCUACUAUGACACACACACACACACUCUCUCUCUCUCUCUCUCUCUCUCUCUCUCUCUCUCUCUCUCUCUCUCUCUCUCUUAAUUCUGAAAUAAUCGUAGUUAAACCUCAGAAAUGUUAAUUGCAAUAGGUAAUGUCUUCGUUGAGUUACAUUUACAUAAUAAUAAUAAAAAAAAGGUAAUGU